GCAUACUUAAAAAUCAAGAUGGCGGCAACAAUGAAGCGAAAAAAAGUGAGUAAAAACAAAAAGCAAACAUGGCGAAAACAUACAGAUAUUAAGGAUGUAGAAGAGCAUCUUGAAGAGGCCCGGCGCGAGGAAAGAACGGGGUAAGUUUAUUUGCGCAGUCGUCUCCAAAAACGCGGAGCUAAACCUCAGCUUAUCGUGUUAAGUGUUAAUCCACGUGAGUUACAUGUAUGAAAUUAUGAGCCGAGAGAAUCUCGAACACUUAAACAGAAAGAAAACCAUUUUUGAAUUAACAACCGAAAAACUUAAUCUUUCACUUGCUUUAUAAGUACUUUUGCUGUUUAAUUUGUUGCCUUAGCUAUUUAUCACUUUGUGAAAGUAAGUUCUUAAUUUGAAAGAAUAAAGCUUUUAUGACUGUGAUAAAAACGUUUGACUACAAAAUGUGUCAGGUUGGCAAGGAAAUGGAGUUGUAAUAUUUGAUUUAUGUUACAUUCGAGGCUUUGGUCUUCUUUAUAAUAUUUACAUCGAGCUUAUAAUUUUUGCUGUGGCUAUAUGGCCGGUAACCGGUCAAGGUUUUCAAAACACUAAAUGACCGGCAGUCUUAUAUUCUCAGUAAAUUUCACAAAAUCGAAAAAUUCCAGCUAACCUUAACUAUCAUAUGUCGAUUAAGAAAAGUCAAGUGAUCCUGAAAUGCUUUAUAGAUCUUAAGUCUAGCGUUUGGUUUACACUGGGCUCAGAAGACGAAACCAUGUGUUGAGACACUUAGAACUUUUUUCAGGUUGACUGCCGGUCAAGGUGUUGAAAACACUAAAUGACCGGCAGUUCCUAUAUUCUCCCUAAAUUUCACAAAUCAAAAAAAUCCAGCUAAACCAAACUAUCAUAUGUUGAUUAAGAAAGGUCAAGCGAUCCUGAAAUGCAUUAUAGAUCUCAAGAAUAAACCGAGAAUAUAGGGACUGCCGUAGGUCCCAGACUAGGACUGCUGGUCAUUUAGUGUUUUCAACACAUUGACCGGCAGUUGAGCUGAAAAAAGUUCUAAGUGUCACAAAACAUGGUUUCAUCGUCUGAGCCCAGCGUAAACCAAACGUCAGACUUGAGAUCUAUAAAGCAUUUCAGGAUUGCUUGACUUUUCUUAAUCGACGUAUGAGAGUUUAGGUUAGCUGGAUUUUUUUGAUUUGUGAAAUUUACUGAGAAUAUAAGGACUGCCGGUCAUUUAGUGUUUUGAAAACCUAGACCGGUUACUAGCCAUACAGCCACAGCAUAUAAUUUUAUGCCUACUGUGUGGCAAAAAAAUUUUGCGGGAGUUUACUUUUAUGGAUUGGUGAUUUUUUGUGUCUUGCGGGAACUAAUUUUUGUGAUUAGGACAGUGAAUAAGUGUAGAGAGGGAAUUCUCAAAGUUUACUUGACAGCUAGAAUAUGGUGUGCAAGUCUGGCAAGAUAUUCCUGAAUUUCUUUCAAAUAAGCUGGAGUCAAUUUAAAAAAGGGCACUAUAUAUUAUCUAUCCAUGCCAUAGUUACUUAGAUACCCUCAGUACUACCAACCUUAGCAGCUUGAAAGAAAGAUGAACUCAUCUCUGCUGUAAAUAUCAGUUCAGAAGAUGACUCAAAAGGACCACCCCAUUAACUUCCUCAAGCUGAGAGCAGCAACUAAUGGUCAUAGUUACAACUUGCGGGCCAGCGACAACAAUAGAAAUAUUGUUUAUGCUUAUAGGAGUUGUUUCCGGACCCAGCAUUCAGGCUCCUUUAUUUCAUUUGCUAGUAAAUAUGUGAAUAUGUAAAUAGUUAUUUAAGAUAUUUUUAUUGUUUCUAUAGUAGUAGUAGUGUUAAUGAUAUAUGGAAUAAAUCAUAUAUGAACUGCAGAAAUGAAAUGAAAAUGAAGAAAUGAUCGUCGCAGUGAACACAAUGUAUGCAAUUGCGUAAAGAAGCCUGAAAAAAAUUCAGGACGUCAACGGGGUUUGAACCAGUGACCUCGCGAUUACCGGUGCGAUGCUCUACCAACUGAGCUAUGAAGCCACUGACGUUGGGAGCAGGUCAAUUGUGGGUUCACAUGUUCCCAUGAAAGAAAUGAGUGUUAGUGAAUUUUUUUCAGGCUUCUUUACGCAAUUGCAUAAAUUGUGUUCACUGUGACGAUCAUUUCUUCAUUUUCAUUUCAUUUCCGCAGUUCAUAUAUGAUUUAUUCCCUAUAUCAUUAACCAUCAUUUCUUUCACGGGAACAUAUGAACCCACAAUUGACCUGCUCCCAACGUCAGUGGCUUCAUAGCUCAGUUGGUAGAGUGUGGCACCGGUAAUCGCGAGGUCACGGGUUCAAACCCCGUUGAAGUCCUGAAUUUUUUUCAGGCUUCUUUAUGCAAUUGCAUAAAUUGCGUUCACUGCGACGAUCAUUUCUUUAUUUUCAUUUAAUUUCCGCAGUUCAUAUAUGAUUUAUUCCAUAUAUCAUUAACACUCGUUUCUUUCACGGGAACAUAUGAACCCACAAUUGACCUGCUCCCAACGUCAGUGGCUUCAUAGCUCAGUUGGUAGAGCGUCGCACGGGUAAUCCCGAGGUCACGGGUUCAAACCCCGUUGAAGUCCUGAAUUUUUUUCAGGCUUCUUUUACGCAAUUGCAUAAAUUGCGUUCACUGCGACGAUCAUUUCUUCAUUUUUCUUCAUUUUCAUUUCAUUUGCGCAAUUCGUAUAUGAUUUAUUUGAUAUAUCAUUAACGCUCAUUUCUUUCACGGGAACAUAUGAACCCACAAUUGACCUGCUACCAACGUCAGUGGCUUCAUAGCUCAGUUGGUAGAGCGUCGCAUCGGUAAUUGCGAGGUCACGGGUUCAAACCCUGUUGAAGUCCUGAAUUUUUUUCGGGCUUCUUACGCAAUUGCAUAAAUUGGGUUCACUGCGACGAUCAUUCUUCAUUUUCAUCAGUACUAGUAGUGUUUGUUAAUUAUUUGUUGAUUGUUAAUUUAUAGCUCUUUAAUUCAGUUGAUUCUACAAUGUGGCAAAUAAACGGUAUAUUUAUUUAUUUUAUUUUUUAGAUUGAUUUUUUCUUGCCUAGAAUUAAUUUUUGCGAUUCUAAGAAAGUACCCAGUACCCAGCAUUGAUAAUAGUUUCGUUUUUAUUGAGUAUGUGCAAUAGAAAUACAUAUUUUCAAGCAAUAAACCAGUAUUUCAUUGUUUACGAAUGGAAGAGACAAGUUGUGAUUGAACAGACACAAUUUCUUAGUGAGAAUUUUAAUUUUAUUUGUGGGAAAUUAUUUUUGCAGAUCACUGGGAAAACUGCAACAAUCACAAAAAUUAGAACCCGCAAAAAUUUCGUGCCACACGGUAGUUUGCCAAAGUUUUUGUUAUAGGUUAAAUUUGAUCCCCAUUUAUUCAAAUUACCUUAAAUCCCCUAAAAUAUAGAUUUAGCCAGGGCUAAAAGCGAAGCUCCCAUAAUUAAAUUUGUAAUUUAAAUCAAAAAAUAAACUUGUAUUCCACAAAUCAGUUAACUUAAGAACCCAUUCAUGUGACUUUUGAGGGAAAGGCUAAGUGAUUUUAGACAAAAAUAAUUUGCAUACAGUCUACAAAAAGAGUGAACCAAAUCUUACAUCGAGUUGAUAGCCUUAUACGUACACCAAAAAAAUGGCAAUCAUCUUUGAUCACAUUUAAGAGCCAUAAUGGCUCUUGAUCUUGAUCACAGUAGAUUAGGCCUGGAAAACAAAUCAGGCUGAAUUUUUUUGCGUUCGACAAGUUUGCUUUACAAAAUCUUACUAACAAAUCUGGGGGCGUGUAAACCAACCUUUUAUACUUUUUUAUACUUAUCACAUCUGAGGUGAAACAGUACUAUGAGGCACUGCUUUUAUCAUACAGACCUCUGACAGAAUGCAGUAUUUCAUAAUUUUGAAAUACAAAUUGCACUCAUUCAAUAUUCAGGAUGAUUGAAACACGCGUGGGCUUUUAGUGAAAACGCUUAAAAAAAUUUCCAAAAUAACCUAUACGGCUAGCCGGUGGCAAGCUGUGGAGUUUUUGAAUGAACAUUAACAGAGUUACUCUUCAACAUAAUAAAGAAUUUAUCAUGUCUCUUUUUUAUUUAAUGGUUUUAUCACGAAGUUAAAUCUUCAAAAUCGUUUGAUACGUACAGCAGUACUUGUGCAAGUGAUGUUCAUGCACGACUGAAAACAAAUGGCACGGCGAUUAAAAUUGCAAUAGAGACUACUGACAAUCAAUAAAAGAAAUAUAAUUCGGUGAAACAUAUGCAGAGACAACAAUUUUCAUUCACGAAGACAAGUAUUAAAGUGUUUCUAAAAAUCCUGAGUCUUCAAGCUUAAAGCUUAAGUUUUUGUUUUAAGCCGGCUUCCCAGUGUUUGCUUUUUUCAAAGAUGAACUUGAGGCAAGAAAAUCGCUCAAAGCUUUCUUUUACAGCCAGAAUUAUGACUAAAUAUUCUUUGGAAAGUUUUCUUCCCAUUUGAGGUGAGCAAAUGAAAAGGCUUUUUAAAGUUCUGUAAGCUUAUAUCAAACCUGAUAUAUAUACUCGGUCAGAUCAUUGUUUCAAAUCUUACAAACGUGCAUAAACUAAAUAGCCGCAUAAACUACGCUUGACUUCAUUUAAUUAGAUAUAAAAAACAAACAUCAAAUAUAAUAAUUACUCAGGCUUACCAUUCAAGAUGUAGCUCCUGGAACCCUCUCAAGUAAGGCCAGAAUCGCUUCAGACUUUUCAACCCUCUUACACUUCAAGCAAGGUGAAAACUGAAAACAAUACCAUCCGAAAUCGUAUUUCCGACUUUGACAAGCGACAUAUUUCUCAACCAAAAACCCAAUAAACAAACUAGCCAUGAAUAACAGAGGACUUCUUGAUAGCAGGUGAAUUUCAUUUUGUACAUCCAGUAGAAAAAGACAGUUAAAAACAUCACAAGUUGACACAAAACUCUGUCAGCUUCAGCUGUCAAAGUAACAAGUUUCAAGAUGCUGCAUAAAUUUUCUGCAUGAACUCACCUGGCAAAUUUUGACCAAUCAGACCAUAAAAAUUGGACGUAGAGCAUGACCAACGUGUCACCAUGGUGAGAAAAGUCAAGAGCAACUGUCUUCCUUGCCUGUAAUUAGCUGGCUGAAUUUUCGCGUCCGAGGUCAGUUUGAAACCAAAAUUUUAAUUGUGCGGCACAUAAACACAACAUAUUUCAUAUAAAUUUUUUUUAAAAAAAGCGGAUAACUUAAAAAAAUACUUGAACUUGAUGCGUCAACACCUGAGCCCGCAAUACAUUCAGGUGAUACUGGUCAGCGGAUACCCAGUUUUGACAGCUGUGAAUUGAUCAUAACAUUGAUUGGCAAUAUGUGUCUCUUCAGUUGAUGUGAAACAGCUCUAGCUCAUAGUUCGAGGAGGCCUAACCUCUCAUAAGCUCCUAUAGUUUCUGUUAGGUCUCCUCGCCACUUCUUUUUUUUUUCUUCUUCUUCUUUUCCUAUAUUUUUUGUAAUUAGUGUGGCAAAUAAAAUAAAAUAAAAUAAAAUAAAUAAUAUCAGUUUUCCUGCGCUCCCAAACUAGCUAGAAAGUGUGAGAUCGAACAUUGGUUCUCCUGUGGUGCGGACGGACAGGUGGGCGGUGUAAGACCACAUGAUUACCAAAUUUUCUGGGAUGGACCGUAGAUUUACUUAGCUAUGGGGCUCUGCUCCCACGCGCGCUUAGCGUGUGUGGAGCUCUGCUAUUAAGCUCUCCUAGCUCAAAUAAGCCUUCCCUGUCUAAUAAGCCCCCCUUUUCAUGGGAAGAUAGUUAUUAAACCCCCCUCCCCUCCCUCCUUAUUAUUCACUAGCAAAUUAUUAGAAAAUGGACUGAUCCAGUAUGGUGAGUUCGGAUUUGUUCUGGGGGGUUACCCCCAUUUGGUUUUCAAAAGGACCUACAGGAAUGUAUGAAUUUAUUUGUCGUUUUAAUUCCAAAUGAAUAAGAAAGAAUAGUAAUUUAUGAAUUUGAAAUGGCUGACUUAUUAAUUUUUCUGCUUAUGCCCCUCCCCCCCACCCCCUUGUGGGAUCACAACUUGUAGAUGUAACAUUGUAACAAUGAAGCAAAGCACUUAUGUCAUGUUAAGACUGGAUACUGGUGAUGCAGAUUUCAUUGUUAUUAAACCUCCUACUGUUUGUUUUAAUAGUGGCCCUGUCUCAGAAAAGCCUGAUGAAGGACUGUUUUUUGUUGACAAGGAUACUGAAGAAUCUCCAGUGACUGGUAUGCUCAAUACUCAAUACCUUCUUGUGCAUACAUUGCAUUUUGUUUUCAUAAAAAUGAAAUUUUGUAGCAUUAGGCAAAUGAAUGUGUGUUGGCAGGACCAGGGAAGGACACUGUCAUUCACACUUUUUUUUACUCAUCUCUUGGUUUCAGCAACAAUGGGCAAUUUUUAUGAUGGACAUGGUAAAAGAUUUUAAUGUUAACAAUCUGUCAUAGUUUCUGAUGCUAUAUAAGAAAUUCCAAAGAAGGGCUGCACAGUUUGCAGUGUAUUGCUCCAACACCUCAACCCAAUUUGUGACAGAAAUUAUAAAUGAGGCCCUGCCAAGGGGGGGGGUCCAUGUCGCCCAUCUGAAUUUUAAAAUGUCUUGUGUCGCGAUUUCAUUUUGCGCGCUGUCACUACUUUUUGAGCCAUGUCGCUUGUCGGAAUUUACCCUGGCAAGGCCUCAUAAAUGGUGGAGACAAUAUAUUCCAAAUUAAAAAUGCAGAGCAAAAAAAGUGUGAUGUAAAUUAUAAUUAUUUAGAUAUGUCUUCGAAUUGCUCAAAAUUCAUCAGUGAAGUAAAGUGGGAAAUUUGGUUGCAGAACUUAGUUGUUACGUAUUUCCAGGAGAGGAUUGUAAUUGGCCGGGAGGUGCAGUCCCUUGUCUCUAUUCACUGAGGGUUUUCUUUGCUUGAUGGCAAUGGCCUCAAUGUGGCACUUGAUGGUGUUCAUUACUCAGUGGUGUAUGUUAUGAUUAUUAUUAAUUUUAUGAAAUGCUUGUUGACUGGAACUUGAAGAAUUUUUGAAAGAAAGACCUUGCGUUUGAACAGGCUAACAGUCCUGAAAACCCAGGGAAAAACACUUGGCAGGUCAAGAGGAAAGCAAAUACAUCUCUGAUGGGUCCUAAAUAAUGUGUUCUUUAUGUCAUAUUUAGUUACAUAGAUUGUAACUUGGUGCCUUAUUAAACUAUGCAGAUGAGUCUAAGUUGCUGUCAAGAAAAAGAAAACUUCUGAAAGCAGACCAGUUGGUUCUGCCAGAAACCAAGAUUAAACCGGUUGGUAACAAGAAAAGAAAGAUUGUCUCAAAGAUCAGAAAAGCAGGAGAUCUUGAGGAGUCUUCUGAUUCUGAUGUGGAAAAAGAGAAAAGUAAUAUGGGUUAUGCAAAGGAGGCUAACAGUCAAGAUAGUAAAGACAAAGUGUUUGAUUUAUGGGAGACAGAAGGUAUGAAUUCACACAUCCAGUAACACACAUUGAUAUUAUACAACUAUCCCUCAGGGAGAGGUAAAUAACUAUAAUAAUGGUGGAAAUAUACCAGGAAGGAUGUGUCACGGUAUUAAUCUCGCUGUACCUACCUUAAGGGGGGGGAGGGGGGAAAGAGGGAAAUUACUGUUUAGUAAAAUGUAUUUUUUGAAAAUAAAAUACCUUUUUUUAUUGAUUGUAUUAAAAAUAUUUUGGGGAUUUGUCAUAUGCAUUUUAAUAAGAUCGUGUUGCAAAUUCAGCCCCCCAAAUAAUUUUCUACCUACCAGUGAACACCAACAAGCUAAAUUGGAUUCAGUUUGUUUUCUUGGCAUUUGUUGGUACAACUGCUCCAUUUAUGGCUACAAAUAGGUUUUCUGAAACUGUUGUACAAAAUAAUGUGCCUUUUUGACUCUUGUCCUUAAAAGAGUGAAUAGCAAAGGAUAUUCCAGGUUGCAUGUAUAGGAUCCAAUUAAAAUGCAUCAAAUUGUUGUCCACUGAUUUGGAAAAUACUAAACUGUGUUAUGUAACAAUUAUUCCGUAAGCCCGAAUGGACUCUGAGUCAAGAGAUAGAUAAAUCGUUUAUUCAAAAUCACAACCAGUAGCUAUAAGCUGAAUUACUUGUGUUAUGUACAUGUUGAUAAAAAUUUAACCUUAUAAAAAUUCCUAACUAUAUCAUAAGAAAAAGAACUAUCAUACAAUGAUAAAAUUACAUCAGAUCUAGUAUAAAGGUUCUGUUUACAAUUGUUGCUUAUCUGUAUAGUGCAUUAUAAAAGAAUUUCUAUUAACCUCUUUGUUUUUACACAUGGGAUUGAAAACAUAUGCCUAUUCCUAAAGUUAUAUCUCUCAUUGUUGUUUCACGGGGACAGCAGGCCAGCUAGCUUAUGCUGGCCAUCGCUCUCUACAAUUUGUUUAAACAGAGUGCUAUAUAAUUGGUUGCGUGUAUGAAAGACUGUUUUUAAACCCUCAUCUUCCAGGGCCUUUCUAUGUGAAAUUUCUGGGAAUAGAAUUCUUAAGACUCUUUUCUGAACCUUCUCUAUUUGAGGCCGAAGGCCAAAUGGGCUAUUGACUCAGAGGCCAUGAGGGCGAGAGGAAUAAUUGUUUUUAUAAAAUCCAACUAGUUGGUCAAAAAUAUUGAGACAAAACAACUUAAGCUAGUUAAAGCUAGACUUAAAUCCUUUUUUGGCGCCAAAAAGCUGGCACUUUUCGCUUCUAGUGGGCUAUAACAUAUAGCCUGGUAGUAGUUCAACCAAUCAGAAUGCAGCAUUGAUAAUAGACCACUAGUUGGAUUUUACUAAUAUCCGAUAUUACCAGACUUACAAACCAAGGAUUCACUGUACAUAUCAUUGUGACAAGUAACUAAAAUGUGCUAUUUCAUGUUUAAGUACACAAUAAUGUUGUGUUGUGUAAACAAAUUAGAUUUACAUUGCUUUAAUGUACAGUAAUGGAAUCUGAAUUAAAUGGAUUUGUAAGAUUAUACACUGUUUUGUGGAUUUUUUAGAUGCUCAAACUGGAGAUGAACAUUUCCUGACAACUACAAGAAAAAUAAAAGUGAAGGUAAGUGGCUGUGUAUAUUCCAUCAAAAAGCACACGUACAUGUACAUACUGAUGAAACUCUUUCAAGGCCACUUUUAACUUGAUGUAAACAGUGAUUAUUUUGUUUUGUUUUUAGAAACCAAAGACUACCAACAGGAAGACAUCAAAACUGAAAGCUGUUGAAAUCUGCCAUCCUGGAGCAUCAUACAAUCCAACCUAUGAUGAUCAUCAGGUAGAUCUUAUCUGAGGCCUGUGGCUCUCAUAAUUUUACAGGGAACCCACUUCUCAAGCAUCUUACCCUUUUAACCUCAAAAAGUGCUUAUAAUUAAAACUCAAGAAAAGUAAUACUAAUUAUGUCACUUUGUAAAAUACAGAAGAACAGUUAUGUACCUUGUGGAAGUGCUGUUUGACACGUUUUGUUAUUUUUUAGUGAAUGGUCAUGCCAUUGUCCACAGUCUCAAAAGGUAUAGCUUACAUGUACCUAUACCGUCUCACAACUUUUUAAUAAAUUUUAUGAGUGAAAAAUGUUAAACUCUUACCCUUCGAUCUUUAAAAUUAAACCCUUUGUUGCUCAAGCUCUCCAAGAAAUAUUGAAAUAUUUGUUUUAAUAAGCCCUCAGCCCUUCAUACCAUGAUACUUUCCAUGCAUGUCUUGUUUUGACUCAAUCUUUACCUGCUUUUAGUUGUUGCUUAAAACAGCUCAUGAUGUGGAGCUCAAGAAGGUGAAAGAAAUAGAAAAAUUUAAAAGAAAAGUGAAGUUCCUGUCUCCUGAAGAGGCUGCCAACUUGGUAAGCUGUCUGUUUCAUUGUAUAAGAGCUCCUCGCGUGUGCGAGUGGAGCCCCAUUCCUAAGAAAGUCCAAGAAAUUUUGGUAAUCACAUGACCGUGAUUUAGUUGUUAAACUGUAUGCAUACUAGUAGUUAUGCAAUACUUUCAGACAUUCACCGUAAUAUAACAAUUGGGACAUUUAUGGCAUACCAAGAGGAAGAGUUGUAUAACUAGUCUAUCCCAUGCCAAUAAACAUGAUGACAUAAAAUGGAGAAACCUGACAUCACAGGUAAACAAAAAGAAAGCCACUUUUAAAAAUAUAUGUACAAUCUGUAAACAGCGAUUUCCAAAUGAACCAUAGCUUAUCAAUGAAUAAAAUUCCUAUUCCCCUCUGUCUACCUGAAAAAAAAUUGCAACUCAUCUGUCAAACGUUUCUUGCUGGAUUUCUGUUGGCUUGUUGUUUUGAAAUGUGGAUCCUUUUUGGUCUUUGUAGCAUGGGUUAGCUGGGUUGUUUUUGUUGACCUUGACUAAUAGAUAUGUCUGUUGUAGACUGUUUGAUUUCGUUUUGGGUUACUCUUUUAAAUUUGACUUCCUAGAAUUCUGAAUGGUAGUUAAAACUGGAGUUUUACUUUGUUGUAUAAAGUUGCAUCUGGCACUUUUUGUAUAAUGAAAAGUUUUUUCUGUUGGUAUCUGGUUUGGUUGUGGCUGGAAAAUGUUAAGGCAGUGCACAUUGUCAGGAUUUGAUUGUAAAAAUUAAUACUACAGUUGCAUUCUGCAGAAUAUUCAACUGAUUUCUUGCUUUCUGAUUGGCUGAGAAUUCUUUAUGGCAUGGGAUAAAAUAUCUUACUCCAGUUUUGUACCAUAUCCACCCGCAUGCAUAUUAGUAUUUUUUUUGUGGAAAGAAACCACAGACUCCAGAGAUUAAACCACAUGUGCUUUCUGCAAAUAUUAAUAAUCAGGCUCAUUAAAAGUCUCAUGUAUCUAUAAACAGUUUAUUAGGCACAGUGAUAAUUAACUGCUGAUGGAAUUAUCAGAUGGGAUUCUAUUUUCGACGACAGGGUGUAAAGAAAGUCAGUUUUACAGCGUGCCAUUCAGGCAAGCUGAAGCUAACAUGUACUAUUCCAUGAGUCAUUUUAACUACAUGUAGCCCCCCCACCUCCAUCCCCAUCUCCCCAAAAUUUGAUGAGCAGGAUUGAUUAGAGUUCUUCUAUAACAAGAAUUCCCCAAAAAACUUCCCUUUCCUGUCAGGCAAGCCAAGAUCAGAAUUCACAAGUCUGAUAGCAAAAUCCACUAUCAGGGUUCCUACUGGUCAUGGAAAACCUUGAAAGUCAUGGAAUCUAAGAAUUUCAUUUUCCAGGCCUGGAAAGUCAUGGAAUUUAGUUGUCGAUCAUAGAAGGUUUUGUUUGGUAGAUUAGUUACCGCAGAUGACAAAGCAAAGACAGUGAAAGAUAACCAGAAGCAAUGAAAGAGUGCGAAUAGUACCCCAUUUUGUGCAUACCAGAGUUGGUGGCUGUUGAACUGUUUAAGGUAAAAAAAUACCUUAAAACACGGAAGGUUUUGAAAAUUUUUGAAAGUGACAGCUAAACCUAAGGUCAUGGAAAACUUGAAAAGGUCAUGGAAAAAGUCAUGAAAAAUUCCUAGAAUUUGAAGAGCUUUAAAGAUUAUGAACUCUGACUAGCCCUAAGGUAUCAGACACUACAUGCACUUCCCUUGCAUGCCAAAAAAUAAUGUCUCAUGGAAGUCUAUCGACUGAUUAUGAAUUAUCAUCCAUGUGAUAUUUUAGACCAAGUGUAUGUUCCAUUUACCCGCAAUUGAACGAAAUGAACUGUGAAAACAGUGGAAAGUUGUAACUCAAGGUAAAACAUCCAUUUUUUUGUGAUAUUUAGCCAACAUGGACAGAAGAAAUGAGUCAGGGACUCUUCAAUGAAGAGGAGAAGGAAGAAGAUGAAUUAAACAGCGAUGAUGAACAGGAAGGGUUGUCUACUGCUCCAGUCAGGGCUGUGAACAGAAAAACAAAACAGCAAAGAAGAAAAGAGAAAGAACUACAACAAGAGGUAAGUAGUGUUUAGCGUGAAAAAGCUAAAAAGCGAAAUAAUUUGACAAACGAAAUAUUUUCAUGUUCUCACUUUCUGAGAUGCCUAAGGAAAACAAUGCAAAUUAGUAAAUGUAAUAAAUAGAGAAAUAUAGUAAUUAAAAUAAAUGACAAGUACAACUUAAUUUUGCAAAAUAAUCAAAAUAUGUUUAAUAGAAGUUAAAAUUACAGUACAUGUGUACAUACAGUGUACAGUCGAACCUCUCCUUACGGACACCUCUCUAAUACGGACAGUUCACUUGGUCCCGGGAAAAUGCCCAUACAUUCUUUGUAAAAAUAACCUCUAUAAUACGGACCCUCUAUAAUACGGACAACGGACACGAAAUCUCGGCCCCAAAGAGAAAAUUCAUACAAACUGAACCUCUUUAUUACGGACACUCCAAUGAUGACAGUUCUUAUUCAACACGAUUUCCUGUUUGUCGUUACAUAUCAGAGUGUAAUCAAUUGUCUCAUUGUUCAUACGAUAACAGUAUCAUGUUUUCAAUCGGUAAAAAUUAUACUAUCGACAUGUCAUUGCCAUUUAUCAUCAAGAUUUCUUAUUCUUUGAAGACUCUCCAGUUGUUGCUUUCCUUUUUCUACCUCUUUUCUUUUCGACAUUUUCACUUGAAAGACUAUCUUUACGGACAGCUGGGUUUUCUGUAAGAUCCAAGCACUUCUCCAAACGCUCAAUGAGUUUGUGCGGUCCAGUGAAAAUAUAUUCACAUGGGAUCUAGAGACUUCUUUAACGCAAAAUGAAUCAAUAACAAAGAACUUUCAUUAAAUACUCUACUGUAUGUUAGUGUUCGCUACACUUAUUACUGUUCUAUUAUGUUACUGUUCGGAAAUUGUAUUAUAGUUUGCCAUAUUUGCCGUUUGGGCCAAUUUUGACUUAAAGAACACUUAAUACCAUCAAUGGAGCCUUUAAAGUGACGUAAUAUUCAUGACCUCUAUACAACGGACACCUCUCUAAUACGGACACUUUGCUCUGUCCCUUCGGUGUCCGUAUUAGAGAGGUUCGACUGUAAUUAAUUCUAAGUGCAAAAGAUUGCUUCUUCAACUGAUAGUGAGGGAUUGAAACCUGAUAAAGAAACUAAAUUAUUGGUCUACUUUCAAGUUGUUUCUCUGGCAAUACUCUUUUAUAGAUAUAUUUUUUUAACUAAUAUAGCAAAAAAAAGUAGUUAAAAAGGCUCAUUCUUCUUUUUGUCUCGACAGCAAAAGAGGCUAGAGGAAGACAAAAAGAAAAAAUUACGACAAAAUGAGAUUUUUAGGUAAGUUUAACUGCAUUAAAGAAGGAAGAAGAGGAAUUGCCUUUUCAAAUAGAUAUAUCUUAUUGGACGGUUUAGUGUGUGGUGUCACGGAUCCAUAUUCAUUUUUUCUCAGAGUCGUCAGCCGGGCAAGUAAGCCUGAUGGCAUACUUGCCCAAGUUACAAUUUGGGUUGCCCGGACAAAAGUGCAGAAUUAUAUGAGCGAAUGGUGAAAAAAUUAUGUGCAAUUUGAACAUUUCUGUUAAGUACAACAGCCUACAGGCCUAGGCUAAACACAGUUUAUUUACGUUUUACAAGUGGCCACGGUCGAUCAGUUUGACAUGAAGGCAAGACGGUGUGCUUACGUUUUAGACCCCCGUAUAAGGCAGCGGUUCCAGCGUCACCUUUUUUUUCGUCGAAGGCAACGAAACAUCUUCUAGAAAACGUCACAUCUUGAUGCGUAUAAGGCAACGGCUUCUGCUUCACCUUUUUUGUCCACCGAAGGCGACCAAACGCCUUCUAAAAAACGCCACAUCUUGAUGAGUACUGUCACGUUUUCUACGAAUGGCCUCUGAAUGCAGUACUUCACAAAAAACUGAGCGGAUUAUAAGGUUACUAACAAAAAGAGAACGUCUUAUGUCUACCAUGUGGAGUUUCCUCACAUUUUAACUGAACUAGAGGUCAAGACUGUUCAGUUCCUCGCUCGCUAGGGAUUGUAUUUUUUUUCUUUCACGGAUUUUCGCCAUCAUCAUCUUUAUCACACAGCUUCAGGUCUGUUUUCAUCUUCUGUGUUGUAUCUUUAGCAUCAAGUUUGUAUGCUCUCUCUCUAAUAAAUGUCGACCUGAUAUCAUUGUUGUUCAGACGAAUUUGCUCUAGAAACUCGGUUUAUUUAAGCCUUUAAUUUGGCCUCUACUGCGUUAUUUUCUUCCCAAGACGAUGCAUUUUUUACCACUUGCGACGUCUGUGCGGGAUUUAAACCGGUCUUCUGGAGUACAAAUACCAUGAGAUAUUUCAAUUUGUACUCUUUUUUUAGCGUUAUUUGUACUCUACUGAGGGCAGUUGAAUAAUAACUACAUGUAUUAAUCGUCUUUAUUACUUUUAUAACAGAUUAAAAAGUUUGAAAAAAGAAAUAAACAUGGCCGAGCAGAAGUCUGAAGAACGCAAGCAAAAAAAAGAAGAAAUAAAAAAUGUUUCUGCUACAAAACCCAAGAGGCUUAGUAGAUAUCAGUAUCCUUUGACUCUGAAAGUGAGGAAGAGAUUAUGUUGGGCCUAGCGCGAAGAUGUACUCAAUCAAAUAGAAUUUUAAGGAAUGAUUUUGUUUUUAUGUUUUAUGUUUGAAAAGCUGUCUUUUUGCGAUCGAUCUGGGUCUUCUAACGUGUGUAAAGUUGUCGUAUUAAGUUUGAAACUUGACUUUAGUGUAAGGUAUGAAGCACCGAAUAUCGAACUUCAACUUAGUGGAGAGAUCACUGGAAGUCUGCGCACUCUUAAGGUUGGUGGGCUUGUGGCUGUCGUUAAUUUCUGAAUUGUCGUUCAGUUUAGCGGCUACAACUUCGUACAUCUCAAUGACACUGGUAGUUUCGGAAAUGCUUUUAAAAUCCGCCACAUCAUUUCUUUUGUCUUUUAAUAGCAAGAAGGAAAUUUAUUUGAAGACAGAUUUAAGAGUAUUCAGCGGCGAAACAUCAUUGAAACCAGGCAACCUGUAAAGUAAGUCUACCCCCUCACUCAUUAGCCCGCAAAUAAGCUCUCCAUUUGGGAGAAUCGCGAAAAGCUACGCGAGAGCCGCUCUCGAAAGGAGACGUGAGUACGAGGGGCGGGGAAAGAGCCUCUCGCUGCUUGCUUCGCUCGCCAUGAUUGGAGGGCUUGCUUGUAGGCUGCUCAUUCAUUACUUUGUUGUUAUUGAUUCGUUUAAAGUAAAGAAUAAUUCUCCUUGUGCACGAGCACUUAAAAUUCACUUCAUUCUAAACUUUUACUUGCCAAUGAAGUGUUAACUGCUUGUGCAGCUUAAUUUGGUUAAUAUAACAGAUAUCCAAAAUUGUGUUUUUUCCGUUAACUUUUCAGGCGUCGUCGAAAAUACAAGCAAAAAACGUACACAAGAAAAUCUUACAAUCAGCCGUGUAUAAAGGAAGUAUAGAAAUGUCAGGUAAGACUUCCUUUUGUCGGCUCUGAAGGCAGUGUUAUUGCAGUGCUUUCGCUUGGCAUUGAUUGAUACUUCAGUGGUGUAGUCAUUAUGUGAAUUUGAUUGUGAACAGCCACCUCCGGGGUGCUUACCAUUUACACAAACCAGCCGAAGGAAAAUCUUGUACACUGAUAUUCGUACAUAAAACUGUAAAAUUUGACAUAGCGGCAGAACGACUGGGUACAAAGUUAGGCUAUCCAAUUCAGUCGAACAUAUUAGGAAAGUUGCAUCGCCUCAAAUCACAGUGCAUAUUUUCUGAAGACUUCCAAACCGAAUAGCGAAACAUUUGAUUUUUCAACUGGAAUUGCCUGUUUCCCAUCUUAAUGGUAAGCACCCCUGGUCUUCACUUUGUAGUGAUGUGUUUGGUCGGUUCAUUACUGUUUUAGAACAACGUAGAGGGUUAGAAAUUUAGAAUCAUGUCGUGAUGGGUGACUAGAACGAAACAUCAUCAUCAUCAUAAUUUGAUUGAUAAAGCAGGUUGUAUGCACAAGGCCCCUUGAAAGCUGAUAAGGUCCUGCUACAGUCAUAAACACACAUAGACGCACUCUUGUUUUCUAAGGUUGACCACACUACUGGGGUCUGUGGGUUCUUACUUGUUCCACAAGAAUCAAACCAGUGAAAGAGCUUUGAGAAGGGGCACAGGGAGCGCUUACCAUUUGUAUAGAAAACCCGGAAAUUCCGGGAAGAAUUCAGAUGGAACGGCUCACCCCGGUGGAAAUUUUCCGGAAAAAAGUGAUAGCUUUCGAGGUACUACCUUUUUCCCGUUUUUACCGAAACGACCGAAAUUUUCUGUACCAUUUGUUUGGAUUACUAGUGCCAGGCUUCAUGUCGGUAUUUUGUAAAUGGUACAAGUCAAUCCCGUUCCCCUUUUCGGUGCCAAAAAAAAAAUACCAAUACCAUUUGACGGAAAUUUUUCACCGAAAUUUCCGUACAAAUAGUAAGCGCUCAGGGUUUUCCUUCCAUCUUAGAGACUGAAAAGUCUAACCAUUUGUAGAUGUAGCACAUACUCCUCCGUUCUUUUUAAACCCUGAGUGUUGUUGCGGCCAGGGUUUGAACCCGCAAUCUCCCGCUCGGCAGACUGAUGCUUAUUCGAUUGAGCUAACCGGGCGGCGGUUACAAACCGUGCGAGGAGCGAGAAAUAUAUGCGAGGUCAGGUGGACUGGAAUUUGUUGAUGUCGCGGUUUUGUUAAUGACGGUCAUUUUAGGUUGUUAAAGUGCUCAUAACUUGACAAUAUGAAUAUGUAUGAUUUGUUACAGUUAUAAUCUGCCAUGAACUGUUAUCAGUAAGCAUUAGCUACACAAUGAGGUGAUUCAGAUUGAAAGUGAAAAGCUGUCAGUGGAUCUGGUGGUAUGACAUGAUCGUAAAAAAUACAACACGAUAUGAUAUUUUCCGUCAGGAUAGUCCGCCACCCUGCUGAUGGCCAUUGGAGGUACAUCUUGCAAAUUGAUCCAGCUUCAAAUUUUUCAUGUAACGCUCAAUAAGGAGAUUUAGAGUCAGGGGGAUUCUCGAUCUAAGUCCAGAGAAGCCAAACAAGGGCGUCACGUUGGUAGUACUUCAAAUUUUAAGCUUUAACAUCUCUAUUUAGCGACAAUUUGAAACUCGGAAUGCGACGGGUUUUUU